GUCGGUGUGGUGCUUUGUCACAAGUUUUAUAUUUUUUUAUCGAAGUGCUGGCACAGAGCAAAUGCAAGGGCCCUCCUGGCGAGAAGCAGACAGACAGUUUGAUAACGAUGGAACUGUUCCACGAUUGACUGUGCGAAAAUCAGUUCGUUGCCAAAGUUAACGUUUGCAUUUAGUCAUUGCAACUAGUGAUGGCAGGUACUCCAUGAUGCGACAAAUCAUAAUCUUGGUGGUGAUAGUGACUUUUGGAACGACACUAGCAGAUGAACCUACGGAUCGCUCCAUCCUUACAGCUGUCAGUACGAAUCGAAUCGGGUUCGGAUCGAAUUUCAGUGCGAAACGUGACGUACGAUUUUACUUGUACACACCGCUGACGGUAAAUGAGCCGCACGUGUUUUCAAUUGACACUGUCGGAACGCUGUCACGCACCUUUUACAACAGCAGCCUACCGGUCCGCAUCGUGAUCCACGGUUGGAUGAACAACUACACCUCACUGGCAAUUCAGGGCAUCAAGAAGGCCUAUCUGUCCAAGGGCGAAUACAACGUCAUCGGAGUAGACUGGAACAAAGGAGCCGCCGAGCCGUAUCUUCGCGCAUCCCAGUACACCUUAGCCGUUGGAUAUGUGGUGGCCGAUCUGAUCCAUCGGGUAGUCCGAUCCAGCAUGGCAUCGAUGGAUCAAAUUUAUCUGGUUGGUCACAGUUUAGGGGCCCACAUUGCCGGGUGUGCCGGGAACCUGGUGAAUAUCGGGAAAAUUAAGGUGAUUUUCGGUCUGGACCCGGCGUCGAUUAAUUUCUUCGAAGACGAACCGGAUGUUCGGCUCAGUCCCGAUGAUGCGGAGUAUGUGGAAGUGGUACACACCAGCACGCAGUUUUCCGGCUAUCCGCAUCCCAUCGGGCAGGUGGAUUUCUACAUCAACUACGGCAAGAAGCAACCGGGAUGUUUGACCGAAUCUUGCAGUCAUGGAAGGUCGAUCGAAAUCUUCAUAGAAUCGUUGGCGGAACAGAGUAAAGGUUUCUGGGGGGCCCGUUGCGAUGACUACAAUGAACUCAAGGCCAAAACAUGUUACAAUCUCAAGCAGCAAGCCUUUCUCGGUGGCGAUCCUCCGAGAUUGGCGAAUGAAAAGGGCAUCUAUGUGGUGGUAACUUCUGUUGAUCCACCGUUUGCUUUGGGUUAUAACUUCUAAACGAUCAUCCUAGUUCCGAAAAUCGACCAAUGAGAAUAAAUGUUAUAAAUAAAGAAUUGAUAGAUAUCUUACAGGAAGAAAGAAAUAGUAUUACGACAU